AUGUCAUUCACUUCAGUAAACACGAGCUUAUUUCCUAGCGUGACAUACACGCUACCUUCCAAACAACUAGCAAACUUGCUUCCACAAAAAACAAAUAAUGAAAGUAAAGAGUGGACGCAGGCGCAAAAGGAGGUUGAAGAUAGGGUUAGGAGCGCUAUCCAACGUGUUAAUUAUUAUCAAUGGCAAAAUCAAAAACUUGAAUUGGUAGCUGGUAAAAGUGGUGUAACCCACAAUAGUGCGAGUGUGACUACUACAGCUGUCGAUACAGCUACGACUGCUACGCGACGUGAUAAAAUUUCUAUAAAGCGACAUACUAGGCGAACACCAGGCACUUGUGCUUGUUUCUUACUUUCAUUACGUGUAUUAGUGAAGGAGAAGACUUUCACGAAGAAUACUAAGAAAAAAAGACGACGAAACACGGAUAAAUAUGACGAUAAAAAUGUGUCCAAAAUUAAACCAAAAGAUCAAAUAUCUUACAACACAUUCAUGAGCAUGAUUGAUAAUCAUGCAAGGCCAUUCCAAGAAGAGAAUCAUCAAUUCUUAGUAAAUAAAAUCGCUGAGGCAGAAGAUCCAAAGGCAUAUGAAAUUCCACCACUAGGAAAACAUUGGGAAAAUGCACAAGAAGGUGAUCAAGCAUGUCCAUCAGAAGAUGUAGUUGAUUUAGAAGACUUAGGCUUGGAUAAUAUUUCGCAUGGACCUUUGACUAAUCGGUUAUUUAGUGCUCUCAUGACGGAAGCUACAGAUUUUGACAUCUCGAAACUCGGAAAUUGCAAAGACAAAGAAUUCAAUGAAAAUCAAGGAGAAAGUGAACGUAUCAUUCCAUCAAAUCAAAAUAUUCUUGAUGAGAGACUCAAAUUAGAACUUCAAUAUGUUGGAUUAUUGGAUAAAGAUGAGGAUCUUAGUUUGCUGUUCGUUAUAGAAAGAGUGGGCACUAUAGAAAAUAUAAAUGAAGUAUCAUCGUUUUCUUCAACAACUCAAAAUGAAAAAGGUGACGAAGUCAAAGAUCGGCUUAUUGAAUUACAAGAAUCCUUGAAAGUACAAAGCAAAAUCAAUGUCAAUCGAAUUUCUAAGAUUAUGCCAAAAUUACAGAGACAUAUCGCGUAUAAUCAAUUCACUGCUUUCAUAGAUCAACUAGAUAAGCAAAUUGAAGAAGGUUACGCUGCGCGCUAUAAUCUUACAAAAACUACAAAAAAGAAAAAACCAAUCAACUCUCAAAAUCUCGAAUCUAAUAUUACACGUCGUCAAAAAUACAUGGGACAAAUCGGUCGACUAUUUAAACCUGAGGAAUUUAUGGUACCAAACAAAUCAAUCUUUGAUGAUGAUGAAACGCUUUUAUCAUCUUGA